AUGAGCUUGAUCAGCCCCGCGCUGCCUCUCAAGGCAGUCGCUCCCGCGCGCAUCAUCUCCGGGUCUUUCCAAUGUCAGCGACGGAACAUAUCGCAAUCAUCAAGACCGAAUCGAAACAGGCCUUCGAUUAAGUCGCAACCGCAAAAGCAGCAUGCGCCACGGAUACGGCUCUUCCACGCGACCACCCCUUCUCAAGCCGUUGCCAACCCUUAUACUACCUUGGGCGUAAACAAAAACGCAUCCGCUUCCGAGAUUAAAAAGGCGUAUUACGGCCUCGCAAAGAAAUACCAUCCGGAUACGAACAAGGACCCCGGCGCAAAGGACAAGUUUGCGGCUGCGCAGUCCGCUUACGAAAUCCUCUCCGAUGAGUCCAAGAAGAAAGCCUACGACUCAUACGGCUCCGCUGCGUUCGAUGCGAAUGGAGGGUUCAACCCAGGGGCCGGUGCUGGUGCCGGUGGGGCAGGCGGCAGCCCGUUCGGCGGCGGGUUUGGAGGGUUCGGGGGGUUCGGUGGAGGCGGUUUCCAGGGUGGCUUCGCGCAAGACAUCAACAUGGAGGAUUUGUUCAGUCAUUUCGGAGGUGGUGGCAGGAGGAGCAGAGGGAGGAGCCCGUUUGAAGAGGAGAUCGUGGUUGGAGACAAUAUCGAGGUGCAGACGAGCAUUUCGUUCAUGGACGCAGCAAAAGGUGUCACCAAAGAGAUCUAUAUCACACCGAUGGUGGAGUGCAAGACUUGCACGGGCAGCGGACUGAAGAAGGGCGCCAAAAAAGCGGAGUGCAAGAGCUGCGGCGGCUCGGGGCAGAGGGUAACGAGCAUGGGAGGUUUCCACAUGAGCAUGACGUGCUCAAGCUGCGGCGGCUCCGGUAUGGCAGUUCCCCGUGGCUCAUCGUGUGGCACCUGUGGUGGAGACGGUGCAGUCAAAGAACGAAAGACAGUCACCAUAGACAUUCCUGGAGGCGUAGAAGACGGCAUGCGGUUGCGGGUUACCAACGAAGGAGACGCGCCGCUCACAGGCCAAGCGUCGGGCUCAAAUGUGAGGGGGACGAAGGGCGACCUCUACGUCCUCAUCCGGGUAGCAUCCGAUCCAAAGUUCAAACGCGCAGGCUCCGACAUUCUCCACACGGCAACUAUACCCCUAACGACUGCUGUGUUGGGUGGAGAGAUCAAAGUGCCGACACUCGACGGCGAGGUCAUGGUCAAGGUACCUACAGGGUCUGGCACAGGCGACAAGGUCACGCUAUCCGGGAUGGGCAUGAAGGUUCUCUCUGGGCGACGAAACGCAAAGGGCGACCUGAAGGUUGAGUUUAAAGUCAACAUGCCCAAAUACCUGAGCCAGAACCAGCGAACCAUUCUCGAGAUGCUAGCGGACGAGAUGGGCGACAAAACGGCGAAGAGGAUGAUCGUGAACAAGAUGCGGGACGGCGGAGACAAGCCCUCAGGUACCUCGACCGACGACCACAAGAACGAAAGCUUCCUCAAGAGCGCAUGGCACAACCUCACUGGGCAACACAAGGACAUGCCGAAACAGGAGGAGCCUAAAAAGGACGACGAAGAAAAGAAGAAAGCAUCUGGGUCUGGCACCAUGGCGACUCUCAUACCCAUGAUCUCGGUGCCGCUGAAGCAGACGAACGAGAUCGACUGGAUACAGCCGCUGAAGGGCUACAUACGCGCUACGUACGGCGACGACCCGGAGCGCUAUGCUGAGGAGUGCGCGACGCUGAACCGGCUGCGGCAGGACAUGCGGGGCGCGGGCAAGGACAGUGCUGCGGGGAGGGACCUGCUGUACAGAUACUACGGCCAGCUCGAGCUGCUGGACCUGAGGUUCCCGGUCGACGAGAACCACAUCAAGAUCCAGUUCACCUGGUUCGACGCAUUCACCCACAAGCCCACCUCGCAGUACUCGCUCGCCUUCGAGAAGGCCUCCAUAAUCUUCAACAUCUCCGCCGUGCUCUCCUGCCACGCAGCGCACCAGAACCGCCACGAGGAUGUCGGGCUCAAGACGGCCUACCACUCGUUCCAGGCCUCGGCCGGCAUGUUCACCUACAUCAACGAGAACUUUCUGCACGCGCCCUCUACAGACCUGAGUCGCGAGACGGUGAAGACGCUGAUAUCUGUCAUGCUGGCCCAGGCGCAGGAGGUGUUCCUGGAAAAGCAGAUAGCCGACGGCAAGAAGGUGGGACUGUGCGCGAAACUGGCGAGCCAGGCUGCGUUCCUGUAUACACAAGCUGUCGAGGGUGCGCAAGAGAAUGUCAACAAGGCCGUGUUCGAGAAGGUGUGGCUGUUGGUCUGCCAGACCAAAGCGAGCCAUAUGGCCUCAGUUGCACAGUACUACCAAGCUCUGGCAGACGAUGACGCAAACUCUCACGGUGUAGCCAUCUGCCGCCUACAGGUUGCCGAGACGAACGCGAGGGAUGCAAACCGUGCAGCGAACGCUUUCCCGUCGUCUUGCCCUGCGAACUCAAACCUGCCCGCAGAGACCGGCGCUGUGUUGUCUGAGCUGACCAAGAAGCAUCUUGCAAAUGUGCAAGAGAAGCUAGCCGAGUUCAUGAAGGACAACGACUUUAUCUACCACCAAGGCAUUCCAAACGAAGCAGCUCUAACGCAGGUUCCAAAGCUCCCGGCAGCCAAGGCGAUACCUGUGAGCGAGCUGUACCAGGGACAGGACAUACAGAGGAUUAUUGGACCCGACAUUUUCCAAAAGAUUGUACCAAUGGCUGUAACCGAGUCUGCUAGCUUGUACGAUGAAGAGAAGGCGAAGCUAAUACGGGCGGAGAGCGAAAGGGUCGAGGUUGCCAACGAUGAGAUGGCGGCGAGCUUGGACUACUUGAAGCUACCGGAUAGCCUGAACGUGCUAAGAGGAGGCAUGGACAACCAAGAUAUGAUGGUCGAUGAGGACUUCCGGAGGUGGUGCGAAGAGUUGGCAGGUCAUGCGCCAUUCACGACUGCGUUCGAGCAGUCGAACACAGACAAGUCCGAGAUCACCACCAUGCUUGACGCAAGUAUGAAGCAGUUGGACAUGGAGGAGAGCGUUUGCGAGAAGAUGAGGUCCAAGUACGGUGUAGACUGGACGCAGCAGCCUAGUUCACGUUUGACCGCGACCCUGCGGAGCGACAUUCGGAAUUACCGAGGAGCGAUCGAGGAGGCGAGCACCAGCGAUGCCCAACUGUACAGCACCUUCCGCCAAUACGAGGCGGACUUUGACGAGAUGAGAUCUGCUGGGGAAACUGAUGAAGCAGAUGUGCUAUACUCCCGAGCCAUGGUCAAAGCGGGCGCGGCGAAAGGAAAGAGCCCCGGUCCCGCUCAAGGCAAUCUGUUGGACGAUGACUUUCAUGACGGACCUAGCGUUGCGGACCAGAUUGCCAGCGUCGAAGAACUUUUGCGGCGGCUGAACUUGAUCAAGAAGGAGAGGUUGCAAGUGCUGAAAGACCUCAAGGAGAAGGUCCACUCCGACGACAUCUCCAACGUCUUGAUCUUGAAUAAGAAAGCCAUCGCAAACCAAGAGUCUCAGCUUUUCAAGGCUGAACUUGAAAAGUUCCGACCCCACCAGAAUCGCAUCCUCCAAGCCAACCACAAGCAAGGCUCACUUUUGAAGGAGCUCACACGUACCUACUCCGAUCUUCUAAAGGAUCCACGCGUCCGCUCAGAGCAAAGCAAGUAUGACAUGUUUUCCCGCCAGCGCAGCUCUGUCAUGAAGAAGUACGAGCGAGUCUACCAGUCCUUCAGAGACCUCCAAGCCGGGCUUUCCCGUGCCCAAGGGUUCUAUUCUGAGAUGAAAGACACGGUGUCCAGCCUCCAGAAGAACGUAGAGACCUUCGUCAACAACAGGCGCUCUGAAGGCGGCCAGCUGCUCCAAAACAUCGAACAGAAGAAAACCCAGGGCGCAGACCAAGAGCAGCAGCGCCUGAAGGACCUCAUGGAACGCAUGUCUAUGGAGCCCUCCGGCUCGCCCGUCUCCCUCGGCAGAGAGCGCAAAAAGAGCAUACCUGCCCCGCUAAACCAUGUCGGGUACCCAGCAUCAUCCUCCGCGCACCCCUCCUACAACCCAGCCGCCUCGCCUCCCGUCACACCCCGCUACCCCAUGACCACACAAGCCCAGCAGCCCUACCAACAACCUGCCCAACCACAGAACCCCUACCCCUCGAAUGGCUUCCAGCAGUACCCCUCGCACUCGCACUCGCACUCCCACUCACAGUCUCAGACCCAGACAAGCUACAACCCCACCAACUACGGGCCCGUCUCGCCCCCAGCGCACCAGCAGUACUUCUCCCCGCCGCCCAACCAGCAUCCGCAGCAGCCGUGGGGCCAGCCUCCACAGCAGCAGCCACAGUACGGGUACCAGAGCGGGACGCCACAGCCCGGCACGGGCCUGCCGCAGGGCUACGUGCCGCCGCCACCGCCGCCGGGGCCGCCGCCCAGCCAGUAUGAGCAGUACGGUGCGCCGCAGUAUCAAGGUGGGUAUGGGCAGAGGCAGAGUGGGCAGGGGCAGGGACAAGGACAGCAGCAGGGUGGGGCUGCGGAUCCGUGGGCGGGGUUGAGCGGGUGGAAAUAA